GACUCCACAGUUUCCUGCUCGGCAUCCAGUCUCCAUUCUCCGAUCAUCUCCGUCUCUGUGAGUUCUCACCACAACCACAGCAUCAAUUCGACAUGUUCCCUUCUCUUCCUUCCUCUUCCCCGCUCUUCCUGCUAUGCCCUCUGCUCUUCUUCUUCCUCCUCAACCACUCCCCUCUAUCCUCCGCCGGCCACCUCCACCAAAUCUGCGGCAAGACCGGCAAAUACACCACCAACAGCACCUACGCUUCCAACCUCAACCUCCUCCUCACCUCCCUCGACUCCAAAACUUCCCUCUCCGGCGGCUUCUCCAAAGCCACCGUCGGACAGAUCCCCAACCGAAUCUACGGCCUCGCCCUCUGCCGCGGCGACACCGAUGCCUCCGUCUGCCGCUCCUGCCUCGACACCGCCAUCGAGGACGCCCCCAAUCUCUGCCCCUACUCCAGAGGCGCCAUCAUCUGGUACGACAACUGCCUCCUCCACUACUCCAACCAGCGCUUUCUCUCGACCAUCGACACCUCGAACGAGAUCUUGAUGUAUAACACCCAAAACAUAACCGACCCCAUCCGGUUCGACAAGCUUGUCAACGUGCUCAUGGGCAGGAUAGCCGAUUGGGCUGCCUACAACUCGACCGAGAUGUUCGCGACCGGGGAGAUGAUGAACUCCACCAACCCUACUUCUCCGACGAUAUAUGGGCUGGCGCAGUGCACUCGGGAUCUGUCGAGGAGCCAGUGCCGGCGGUGCCUCAGCAGCAUGCUUAACCCGAUAAACCCCCUGUUUAAGGGGAGACAGGGAGCGAGGGUGCUUGGAGGGAGCUGCAAUUAUAGGUACGAGAUAUACUCCUUCUAUGAAGGGAAACCGACGCUAAGGCUUCAGUCGCCGCUAGAGGCCGCACCAACACUUGUUACUCCGCCCGGAGAAGAAGGAAAGAAGACAAAUGUCACAAGUAUGGUUCUUGUGAUUGCUAUACCUCUAGUAGCUGCAUUCAUGCUGAUCUCCGUAAUUUGCAUUUGCUUCUGGAGGAGGAAGCCAGUUGUAAAAUUACCUGUAGAUGGGACUAGCCUAGAGGAGAUUGCAAGUGCCAAGUCCCUAUUACUCGAUAUACCUACACUACAAGUUGUGACAGCUAACUUCCCUGAAGAAAAAAAACUUGGAGAAGGUAGCUUUGGUGCAGUUUAGAAGGUCUAGCUAUUUCCUGUUAAUCUUAUAAUUCUGUAUAGGGACUACUACCGGAUAAACAAGAAAUAGCAGUGAAGAGAUUAUCAACUGGUUCAGCACAGGGAUUUGGAGAGAUGAGAAAUGAGCUAAUUUUAGUUUCUAAGCUCCAGCAUAGGAAUCUUGUAAGGCUUCUGGGUGUCUGCAUGGAAGAACAAAAGAAGUUGCUUGUUUAUGAAUAUGCGCCGAACAGAAGCCUGGAUACCAUUCUCUUCGGUAUAAUUUCAUCUUCCACAAAUCUGACUGACCCUCUUUAGAAACUUGUGCUGUGACCAUAAUAUAGUAGAGCUAUAAUUAAUAUCAAUACAGAACCUAGAACUUUGAUGCUUGUUUAUAUGUAGGCUCUCCUCUUCCAACUAAAUCUAGAAUUUGCAUUUCUGUCUUAA